GUCAAAUGCUGGCCCAUUUAUUUUCCAGUUUUUGGAAUAUCAUGGCGCAGAUCGGGUCAAAAUCCUCUUAGUUUUCGCCUUUUAACCCGAUUUGUUUUUAAAAUUAUCCGUUAAAUUUUGGAACCAAACCAUAAACAAACCAUGUUGAAGAGAGCCUCGCUGGCGUUAAGCCACUAUCCCGAUGCCUGUUUCCGUGUCUGCAGUUGUAGCACGUCCCUCCGGAUGUAUCCUGUAGUAAAAAACAGGGGGGAUCUGAAUGUUGUGCAGAAGUCAAAUCAGGACUAUAGGAGAACGCCGAAAAAGCUGCAGAGCGUGUUGAAUUGGCAGAAAGGUACUUGCGAUUCCCUUAGCCACCGACCCGAUCAGCCGUUGCGAAGUGCAUUCCUGGAGGAUCUGGAGAAGCGGCUGAACCAGAGAAUCCUAGUUUCUGAAGAGUUUCUGGGUCGUGAGAUGUCCUUCAAGCGAAAAAUGUUCUGCGAAACAGCCAGUUCCGCCGAUGGGUGCAGGGAAGAAAAGUGCGGGACAGGGUCGAGUGCGGGUAAGAAAAAGCAGAAGUGUGGCAAGGGUGGUGGAAAGAAGGGCGAUGAUGGUGGAGAUGAUAUGGAAAAGGUGAAAAAGCGAUGCAAGGAGCUUCAAUCCAAGAAAAAGUUAAAAAAGUGCAGGGAAAACGUCGCAAUGAAAAAGUGUAAGAAAAUGGCAAAGGCGAAAAAAUGCCAGAAAAUGGAUAAAAUAGAGCAAUGCAUGAAGUGUGUCAAAAAAGAAAGAGGAGAGGACGAGGGAUGUGAGGUAAAGAAGAAAUGCCCCGACGAGGAAGAAGAAUUGGAAAAGCUGAACAAAGAAAUCCAGAAAUUGGCCGAUCAAAUGAACUGCGAGAAGUUGGAAAAAAUAGAAGCCAUCAAACGAGCCUGCCGAGAAGAAAAAGAAAGGGAAGAGUGCGCCCGAUUGGCUGCAGAAGCCCGGAGGAGAGCAGAAGAAGAAAGAAAACGCGCAGAAGAGGAGGCCAGGAGAUUGGCCGAAGAGGAAGCCAAAAAGGGGCCUGAAGAAGAUCUGUGCGAAAUAAAGAGACAGUGCGCCCAGCUGGCCAAGGAGGCGAGAAAGAAGGCUAAGGCCAAGCAGAAGAAACUCAAGGCCCUAGCCGCCAAAGCCAGGGCCAAGAAAAUGAAAGAGCAGUGCAAGAAAAUCGCUGCAAUUCAAAAGUGCCGCAAACAGGCAAAGAAGGAUAAGGAGGACAAGGAAAAGGCGGAAUGCAAAAAGGCAGCUAAGCAGGAGGCGGACAGACUUAAAGCCUUGCGAGAAGCUGAGCAGGCCAGAGAAAGGGCCAAAAACGCAGAUAAAGCCAAAAAAGCAAUGUGCAAAAAAAUCAAUAAACAGCAAAAACCAAAAGAAGUCGAUGUCUGCGCUAAAUACAAGUUCAAAGAAGCAACCAAAAGUAAAGAGGAUAUAAGCAAAUCUGCACAAGUAGCUAAAGCGGCUGUAAAAGAGAAUAUCAAACAGGAGGUCAAGAAGGAGAUUGCUAAAACGCCACCUCCGCCUGCUCCCCAACCACCAAAAGCUGCUAAUCCAUCCCCACCGCCAGCACCACCCAAACCCAAAGCCAAUCCCGACGGACUGUUCCAGAUAUGCAAAAAAAUAGCCGAAAAGAAGCUAAGACAAAGGAAAAAGAAGAUCAAGAUCCUUAAGGCCAAAUGCAAAAAAAUAGCUCUAAAGGAACAGUGCAAGUGUGAGAAAAAAGCAAGAAAGGUCAGGGAAUUGAAUGAAUACUGUAAGAAAAAGAAGUAAAUGCGCAACCAUAUCACCAUUCCAA